CAUGGCCACCCCCCGGCUGCAAGAUAUCCCCCUGCUCCCGGGCUCCCCACGCAGGCUGAGCCCUCGGGCAGUGGCCAGGGCCAGCCAGGGCCCCAGACAAGGACAGCAACACCUCAAGGUGCUGGGUCCCCGAGCCCCAGGUCUGCAGGGCUGUUCCAACCAAGACUCUGGCCAGCUCUCUGGUGGAGAGAGUUCCCACAGAAGUUCUGUCAUCAACAACUACCUGGAUGCCAACGAGCCAGUGUCCUCGGAGGCCCCUCGGAGUCGCAUGCACUUCCAUGACAACCAGAGGAAGGUCGACUAUGUGCUUGCCUACCACUACCGGAAACGUGGGGCGCAUCCCAGCCACGACUCCCCUGGUCAUUCCCUGGCCAUCGUCUCCAACGGGGAGACUGGCAAGGAGCCCCAUGCCGGGGGCUCUCAUGACAUUGAGCUGGGGCCGCUCGAUGCCCUGGAGGAGGAAAGGAAGGAGCAGCGGGAGGAGUUUGAGCACAAUCUGAUGGAGGCCGGGCUGGAGCUCGAGAGGGACCUGGAGAGUAAGAGCCAAGGAUCCAUCUUUGUCCGAAUACAUGCCCCGUGGCAGGUGCUGGCCAGAGAGGCAGAAUUCUUGAAGAUCAAAGUUCCCACCAAGAAAAUGUAUGAAAUCAAACCAGAAGGCUGCAUUGCAAAGAAGUUCAACGAGAUUCUGCAGAAGCUGAGCUCGCCCCUGAAGCCCAGAGUUCCAGAGCAUAGUAACAACAGGAUGAAAAACCUCUCCUACCCAUUCUCCAGGGAGAAAAUGUACCUGUACAACAUCCAGGAUAAGGACACCUUCUUCGAUAAUGCCACACGGAGCCGCAUUGUGCAUGAGAUCCUGAAGCGCACAGCCUGUUCCCGAGCCAACAACACGAUGGGUAUUAACUCUCUGAUAGCAAGCAAUAUCUAUGAGGCUGCCUACCCUCUUCAUGACGGAGAAUAUGAUGGCCCCGGGGAUGCUGUGAAUGACAGAAAGGUGCUGUAUCAAGAAUGGGCACGCUACGGAGUGUUUUAUAAGUUUCAACCUAUUGACCUCAUCAGGAAGUAUUUUGGAGAAAAAAUUGGACUGUAUUUUGCUUGGCUGGGAUUAUAUACAUCAUUCCUCAUCCCAUCUUCUAUAAUUGGAGUGAUUGUGUUUCUUUAUGGGUGUGCAACAAUUGAAGAAGAUAUUCCCAGCAAAGAGAUGUGUGACCAGCAGAAUGCCUUCACCAUGUGUCCCCUGUGUGACAAGUCCUGUGACUACUGGAACCUUAGCUCAGCCUGUGGUACAGCGCGGGCCAGCCACCUGUUUGAUAACCCUGCCACUGUCUUCUUCUCCAUCUUCAUGGCUCUGUGGGCUACCAUGUUUCUUGAAAACUGGAAGAGAUUACAGAUGCGACUCGGCUACUUCUGGGACCUGACUGGUAUAGAAGAGGAAGAAGAACACUCCCGGCCUGAGUAUGAAACCAAAGUUCGAGAAAAAAUGCUAAAGAAGAGUGACAAAUCGGUUGUCCAGAAAUUGGGGACCAACAUGACUGAGCGUGAGGAUGAGGAUGAUGAAGAUAAGCUGACCUGGAAAGAUCGUUUCCCAGGUUACCUGAUAAACUUCGUCUCCAUCUUGUUCAUGAUUGCCCUGACCUUCUCCAUUGUCUUUGCUGUCAUUGUGUAUCGUAUCACAAUUGCGGCUGCUCUGUCUCUCAACAAGGACACACGCUCCAACGUCCGCGUGACAGUGACAGCGACGGCGGUCAUCAUCAACCUCGUGGUCAUCCUCAUCCUGGAUGAGAUAUACGGUGCUGUGGCCAAGUGGCUCACCAAAAUCGAGGUUCCAAAAACAGAACAGACCUUUGAAGAGCGCCUGAUCCUGAAAGCUUUCUUGCUGAAGUUUGUCAACGCCUACUCGCCCAUCUUCUAUGUGGCCUUUUUCAAGGGGAGAUUUGUGGGCAGACCAGGAAGCUACGUUUAUGUGUUCAAUGGUUACCGCAUGGAAGAAUGUGCUCCCGGGGGCUGCCUCAUGGAGCUCUGCAUUCAGCUCAGCAUCAUCAUGUUGGGGAAGCAGUUGAUCCAGAACAACAUCUUUGAGAUCGGAGUCCCGAAGCUAAAGAAACUAUUUCGGAAGCUGAAAGAUGAGACAGAACCUGGAGAAACUGACUCUGCCCAUUCAAAGCACCCAGAGCAGUGGGAACUAGACUACAGCUUGGAACCAUACACUGGACUGACUCCAGAGUACAUGGAAAUGAUCAUCCAGUUUGGCUUUGUCACCCUCUUUGUGGCCUCCUUUCCUCUGGCACCUGUGUUUGCCCUCCUCAACAAUGUCAUUGAAGUGCGGCUUGAUGCAAAGAAGUUUGUCACGGAGCUGAGACGCCCAGAUGCUGUGAGAAUCAAGGAUAUCGGGAUUUGGUUCGACAUUCUCUCCGGAAUCGGCAAGUUUUCUGUCAUCAGCAAUGCUUUUGUCAUUGCCAUCACCUCCGACUUUAUUCCCCGCCUUGUGUACCAGUACUCGUAUAGUCACAACGGGACUCUGCAUGGCUUUGUCAACCACACCCUCUCCUUUUUCAAUGUCAGCCAGCUGAAGGAGGGAACACAACCGGAAAACUCACAGUUUGACCAGGAGGUUCAAUUCUGCAGGUUUAAGGAUUACCGAGAGCCUCCAUGGGCCCCGAACCCAUAUGAGUAUUCCAGACAGUACUGGUCAAUUCUGUCUGCCCGGCUGGCUUUUGUCAUAAUCUUCCAGAACCUUGUGAUGUUCCUGAGUGUCCUCGUGGACUGGAUGAUCCCAGAUAUCCCCACGGACAUCAGCGACCAGAUCAAGAAAGAGAAAAGCUUGUUGGUGGACUUCUUCCUGAAAGAGGAGCAUGAGAAGCUCAAGCUGAUGGAUGAGACAGCCUCCAGCAGCCAGGGAGCAGGGCCCCAGAGCAGGAGGAGCCGGGCGGCCAGCUCGGCUCCCUCCGGCCGGAGCCAGCCGGGCAGCAUUGCAUCUUCCGGCUCUCAGCACACCAAUGUGUGAGCAAGCCAGCCCCUCUGCCCAGGGGGCGCUGCAGCAGCGGGAGACCACGCACACGCAGGGCUGUGCAUCUGCAUUGUGUGGUGUCUGUCAUCUGCCCAUCUGGCCUGGGAGGGUCUUGAAAAGGGUGUGUGUGUGUGAAGAGAGAGAAUGAGCUCAGGGAGGAAGAAAAAUGAUGCUGCUUCUUAGAAACUUCAAGUUUAAGUUUCUUUUAGGUCCUCUUUUGAGCUGUACCCUUUUCAGGAAUGGGUGCCGUUUUGAGUCUCUCUACCCUAGGAUUUCCAGACACUGAACCUAAGGGUCCUUAUGACUUUGAUUAAAUUUACCUUUAAGUCCUAGCUCUAGAAAUUAUACCCCUCUCUCCAUAUAUGCAUACCCCUCAGAAACAUAGCCUUCACUCCAUCUCCCAUAAUCAGCAACCUCCGAGGCAGCAGAAUACAGUAGCCAGGACCUGACUAAUGGUCACAAGUUCUGGCUAAGCUAAAGAUAACAUCUUGACCUAAGUUAUGUUUCAGUUUCUGAGUCCUAAGGUGGAAUGACCCCCUGGCUACUUUCCCAUGAGACUAGACAGAGGGACACUGGAAAAGAACUCAGAACUGUCCUUAAGGCCUGAGGAAAUGAUCUGUUACCCUUCUCUUACAUCUGACCAAUCAGCUUCCAGCACCACCCUGAACCCCUAACCCACAGGGUCUUAUGACUUUUCCCUAUAUAAUCUGUAACCUAUACUCUACUGGAGAGUUAGGAUUUUUUUAAGAGCAAUUGGUCAAUUCAAUAUUAAACUUUUUUUUUCUAUGCUGCGAACCCCUUUUCAUGCAUUUCUUUGAGCCAUGGCGUGCAGGCAGGUGGACUCAAAGGAAAACAUCAGGGUUUUUGUAACAGCAUCAUGUGUUUUCCUCAGGUACCUCUCAUUUCAGAUGGCCACAGGCUAUGACAGAAGCAUAGUCAGGGCCCUGGUCUAGCACCCAUCAUAAGUGAUCAUCACCCAGCUUCCCACCAUCACCCCAAGAAAAUCCUGAGUCACUUUCAGCCAGGGCUGUCAGAGCCUCAGAGGAUGCAAAUUAAUUACGGGCUGACCACUGUGGCUGCCGGACCCGAUGGUGAGCUGCAAAGUUUCAAAACUGAGCUUGUCUUCAGUUCAUGAUCUAAACGCAACUAACCAUCAUUUUAUGCAGAUUCAGAUUUAAAAUAAUAAA